UCCGUUUACGAAUAUAUUUUAUUUUUUAGUUUUACUGUGAGCACGAUUACGAAGAUGCGUACGUUCGAGAAACCAAUGGAUAUAUUAUCCAACUACAGCGACGAAUUGGUUGUCGAUCCCGAGGAUGUUGUAAUGACGUCCCCAGAAGAAUCGGAAAGGGAGACGGCCUGGUACGAGCACAUUUCCAAGCGUUAUGAUGGGCGCACUUUGUUCGCGGGCCACACACCACGUUACAUCACUCCACAGCGAUUGGCUGAAGCCAUUCCCAAGCGUUCGGAACAGCUCGAUGAAACUAUUUGGGAGCAUGAUGUAACGAUGAGCGAUUUGAAUGAAGCCAUUCCCAAGCGUUCGGAACCGCUCGAUGAAACUAUUUGGGAGCGUGAUGUCACAAUGACCGAUUUUUCUGAUGAACAUGAACACGAGAGCUCCCCUCAAUGCCGUCAUCCCUAAAGAGGAGCCGCAUCUGAACCCUCAAUGAAGUGCAAGCUUUUGACCUACAUACUCGUACUACUUAGUCGAUUUAGUCUAAAACAAAUAUAUAAUUGGAAACAACAGAUAGACAAAAGAUAGACCCAACAAAAUUUUGGUGUGUUGCGAAGAAUCUGGCAUACAUGAAUUUUUAAUUUACUGAACUGGAAUUGGAAGAGGUCCUAAAUAAUCAAAUUUUAAAUUAUCGUGUGAUAACAAAAAAAUAAAUACCAAAACCGAGAGACUUUA